AUGUCGAAUCCCGAGGAAAGAGAGGCCGAAGACCGCUACGAGGCGGAGAAUGACCUUUCUCCCGUGCCGGGCACGCCGCCGCCGGACGACUCGUACGUGCGCGACACGAACCCCAACUGGACGAACAGGGUACAGCCGGACGAUGCGCCUUACGACGAUCCGGUGCAGCCGCCGUAUUCCAACUCGGAUGAGCAGCUAGAACAAGAUGAGAAAGAGGCGAUCGACCCGUCCAACAUCAUCCAGGGCGACCGGCUCCGACACGCGAAGCCUCGCACGGCCAACCGGUACAACGAGGGUCCGGCCGAGGACGACCUGCCCGAGGACGUGCGAGACGGGCUCCAAGGCCGGUCGGCGGUCCGACGGGUGAUGCAGUAA